CCCAUCUUCUUUGAGCGCGUUAGGCCAGCCGGCGGCGCCCCGGGUCGAGUGGCGGUACCUGGUGGCCUGUGGCGUGGCUCUGUGGGACCGAGACCUUCGAGAUUUGGGGUACUUUACAGGAAACUGGAAUGGCUGAAAACGGUGAGAAUGAGAAAAUGGCUGCGCUGGAGGCCAAAAUCUGCCAUCAAAUUGAGUAUUAUUUUGGAGACUUCAAUUUGCCACGGGACAAAUUUUUAAAGGAACAAAUCAAACUGGAUGAAGGCUGGGUACCUUUGGAGAUAAUGAUAAAAUUUAACAGGCUAAACCGUCUAACAACAGAUUUUAAUGUAAUUGUUGAAGCAUUAAGCAAAUCCAAGGCAGAACUCAUGGAAAUCAGUGAAGAUAAAACUAAAAUCAGAAGGUCUCCAAGCAAACCUCUUCCUGAAGUGACUGAUGAGUAUAAAAAUGAUGUGAAAAACAGAUCUGUUUACAUUAAAGGCUUCCCAACAGAUGCAACCCUUGAUGACAUAAAAGAAUGGUUAGAAGACAAAGGUCAAGUGUUAAAUAUUCAGAUGAGAAGAACAUUGCACAAAGCAUUUAAGGGAUCAAUAUUUGUUGUAUUUGAUUGUAUUGAAUCUGCUAAGAAGUUUGUAGAAACCCCUGGCCAGAAGUACAAAGAGACAGAUCUGCUAAUACUUUUCAAGGAAGAUUAUUUUGCAAAAAAAAAUGAAGAACGAAAGCAAAAUAAAGUGGAAGCUAAGUUAAGAGCUAAACAAGAGCAAGAAGAAAAACAGAAGUUAGCAGAAGAUGCUGAAAUGAAAUCUCUAGAAGAGAAGAUUGGAUGCUUACUGAAAUUUUCAGGUGACUUGGAUGAUCAGACCUGUAGAGAAGAUCUGCACAUCCUUUUUUCAAACCAUGGUGAAAUAAAAUGGAUAGACUUCGUCAGAGGAGCAAAAGAGGGAAUAAUUUUAUUUAAAGAAAAAGCCAAGGAAGCAUUAGAUAAAGCCAAAGAAGCAAAUAAUGGUAACCUGCAACUAAGGAACAAAGACGUGACCUGGGAGAUACUGGAAGGGGAGGUGGAAAAAACAGCAUUGAAAAAAAUCAUAGAAGAUCAGCAAGAAUCACUAAACAAGUGGAAGUCAAAAGGUCGCAAAUUUAAAGGGAAAGGAAAGGGAAAUAAAGCUGCCCCACCUGCACCUGCUAAAGGAAAAGUACAGUUUCAAGGGAAGAAAACGAAAUUUGGUAGUGAUGAUGAACAUAAUGAAAAUGAUGGAACUGGUCCAGUAAAAAGAACUAGAGAAGAAACAGACAAAGAGGAACCUGCAUCAAAACAACAGAAAACAGAAAAUGGUGCUGGAGACCAAUAGAUUAGUAAAUAAAACUUUUAUAUUCUUCUUGAUUAGCUAUUAAGCUGCUUUGUCUUUGAAGGCUUUUAAAAAGAAAACCGAAUUAGGUCCACUUCAAUGUCCACCUGUAAGAAAGGAAAGUUUUUUGUUUAACUUGUCAAUGUUACUUUAAAAAGAGUGGUUGUUUUUUUAUUGUGUAGUUCUCUUUGUUAUCCAAGAUAAUUUAAAUAUCAAAGGGAAGAUUCUUCCAGUAAAUUGCCUUUGUAAUAAGAGAAACUAAUAAAAUAUAUACUAUAUAAGAAAACAGUAACAUAGUAAUUUUUCCUUUUGUACACAAAGCAUUUCAGAAAGAACUUAAAACUAGAGUAUCUGCUAUUGAUCAUGGGCCCUUCCCACAGUUAUUCUUUGCUUUCUUAGACUUGUUCUCUAGUUACCUAGUAUAACUUGAUAGUGUUAGGAAUAAUUUCUUAUUGUGUUAUUAACAAGAGAUGGGUCAAAACCCAACUUACCGAUUGCUUUUUAUGAAAGUUAUACGAUGCUGGUAGAUCAUAUCGAAGCUCUGUAGAAUAAAAUCCAAUUAAGGGUAAAAUUAUAUUUCCAAACACGUACCAAACUUUAUAAGAAAAACUGAGAAAAUGCUAAACACUGGUAAGCCAGACAUUUUAAGCCUGUCACUUAUCCAUGUGUAUUUGAUGGGUAUUUCUGCUAUUUUGGUGUUUAGUGAAAUGUGAGGUUAUGAAGAAGAACUUAGAAUAGAUGAUGGGACCUUACUAAUAAUGGCAAAUUUAGCUGGAUAAUAAUCACAGUUUUAAAAUUCUCUUAUCCAGAUUUUACUAGUGGCAGUAACUAGCUAAUUAUUUUCCUACCAAUCUCUCAAAACCUAUUUUUCAUAUUUUGAAUAAUAAUGUAGAUGUUCUGUGCUUUUUCCAUUGAUCUGUUUAUAACAGAUGGCAUUAAACAUACUUACCUUUCAUACUUAAUAACAGGUUCUCACCAUGUGGGGUUACAGUUCAGUGUACAAUCAAAUCACCCAGAGGUGGUGUUGAAAUGCAGGUUCUACUCCGUUUGGGACGGAGCCUGAAUUCUGUUUUUGUAGUUAAGUUCUGAGUGAUAUGGACGUUAAUGCUGAAGGUCUGGGGACCAUGUCUGGCAUAGCAAAGCUCUGCUUUGGUAUACUAUUGGGACUGUGCUAAAGGUGUUUCGUGUUAAUUAUUGUAACACCUUAAACUACAUAAGGAAUGUCAGUACUGAACAUAAGAAAAUCAACGGAUCUUUGACAUCAUGAACACUAAUAUGUUUAACACCAAAGGGCCGAUUCAUGGUAAGUUUACUGUUUAAAAAUCAUCUUUUCCUUACUGUACUCUUAGGGUUUUCAAAAUUAUUUGGGUUAUAUAUAACCUCUAAUUUAUGCUUUUCCUGUUUUGAUGUUUGUGAAUAUCACCCAAUCUAGCAAUAAAACCCAUCAAAAGUUA